UGCACGAGCAAGGGUACCAGAAAUUUCCAUUCUGCUGACAUAUUCGCUUUGAGCGAAUUCUUUGCGUAAAUCUGUAGAUUGCUGAUUAAUGAGCAUCUUGGCUCUCUAGGAGAGGCGUUUGCUGCGGGAGGGAUUUCAGUUUUCGGGAAUAAAUAGAUAGCUCUACUAUAGUGCUAGGUUGUCUUCUCUUGUACCAUCAUAGACCCUCUUACUGUUGAGCAAAAUGCAGGUCACUCACAUUGUCCUACUCCAAUUCAACCCCGACGUUACUCCCGAUGUUAGGGAAGAUGUCGCCAGUCAAGUCAGGGGUCUGCGCGAGUCGUGCAUCCACCCGGACACUGGCAAGCCAUACAUCGUUUCCAUGAAGGCUGGCGCUGAUGUUUCCAUCGAGGGUCUUCAGAACGGCAUCAGCCAUGCAUUUGUCUCCGUCUUCGAAAAUACCGCGGACCGUGACUACUUCGUGAACAAAGACCCGGCGCAUAUCGCGCUCGUGCAGAAUGUCAAGCAUCAUCUGGCUAAGGUCCAGGUUGUGGACUUUGUUGAUGGGAAACUUAUUUAAGUGCUAUAUAAGGCUCCUGGGUUGUUUAAUGGGAUUUUGGUCGUGUAAGUUGUUUAAAUUGGGCAUGUUGGG